AUUCUUUUUAGAAUCUGCAAAUGGAAACAGACUUCCAGCUCACCCUGGAAAUGGGGUGUUGAUGAUGUUGGCAGUCAAAGACAAGACUGCUGUAAAACCUGACACACAGCCAAGUCCGUGUGAGGCAAGACCGCGACGUGCUGUAUACAGCUCUUCAAACACAGCGUGAAAGCGCACAGCCCCUCACUGUGAGCAGGGAAAGGAGCACACGGCAGAACAGCAAGUUUUCAGAAAUGACUUCUGCAGCGACAGAUUCUUCAGGAUAUGAGGGUCGAUAUGCACAAGCUUUUAAGCUGUUCUUGCAGCGCUCCACUGAGCACAGCAGCAUAUUUGAUUUCAUCGACAGAACUCUCCUGGGGGAGUUCACAAGAAUUGGAGAUGGAAAAUCUACACUUAAUGUUUUAGGUCUUGGAAGUGGGGGAGGGGAAGUGGAUGUCCAUCUGCUCACUAAACUGCAGUCUGUCCACCUGGAAAAGACCAUCACAGCCGAUAUUGUGGAACCCAGUAAGGAACUGACCCAGACCUUCAAAGCACUGGUGGCAAAGACUCCAAACCUUAAGAACAUCAGAUUCACCUGGAAUACUAUGACUUGUGCUGAGUAUGAACAACGAGUAAAAGAGACAAAAGAUGACAAACGAUUUGACUUCAUUCACAUGAUUCAGAUGCUGUAUUAUGUGUCUGACUAUGCUGCAACAAUCAAGUUUUUUCACAGCCUUCUUAGGGAGAAAGGAAAGCUUCUUAUCAUCCACGAAGCAGCGGGCAGCGGUUGGGAACUCCUUUGGAAAACCUACAAGGAAGCACUUUGUACAAACAAAAUCUCCCAGUACCUUUCAGCAGGCGACAUUAAAAUACACCUGGAGAACCUGGGUCUGAAGUAUGAAGAGCAUGAGAUUCCCAACACCCUGGAUAUAACAGAGUGCUUCAUGAAAGGGAAUGAAACAGGAGAACUGCUUCUGGACUUCAUGACAGAGAAAAACCAUUUCUAUAAAACAACACCUCCGGACCUCAGAGAGGGGAUUCUGGAGUUACUCCGCAAUAAGUGCAGCAAGGAGAAGGAUGGAAGAAUUAUUUUCAACAGCAAUCUGAGUGCCCUGUUUAUUCAGCUAUAAAGUGAAACCAGCCCUACAUUUCCAGAUUAGGAAAAAUAAUCCAUAUAAAAUUAAAUGUCUUCUUAAUUCUUCAGUAUAACUUUGAAUUGGAAGUGCUAAUUAUAAUUAUCUAUAUAGUAAUGCUGAUUUUUGACAUCUGGAGCAAAAGGGGUUUCUACAGGAUAAUCAUUUUUAGUAUGCGAAUAUCCUAUAUAAUAUCAAGAUUUAAUCCCCUAUUCAUAUUUUAUAGUGUGUAUAUAUAUACUCUGAGCAUUUAGUUUUUUUAUUUUAGAGGCUGGGCUGUGUGUCUGAUCUGACAGUUCUCACGGUGGAUCUAGUUGGGCUUUAAAUAUUUCUCAUAAUUAAUAUUAAAAUUAUUUUGUCAUUUUUAAAUUGGGGGUUCUUCACAAGAUUUCUUCACUCAGAAAAGGCUGGAUCAUCUUUAUGAUAUAUACUGUAGAUACACAUUUGGUAAUGCAUUUAUGGGUCUCCACAUUGGAGACAAAUUCUCACAGUAAAACCUAAUUGCACUAUUACUACCUUUAAGCAUAUAAAAGAAAAACUGAAACUGAAAUUUCAAAAUAAAUCCACUAGGCUGUACUAUAGUACAGUUAAUGGGUAGAGAGCAAAUCUCACUGAGCCUCUGUGAUGACUCUGCAGGCAAUUUCUCUAGCCGGAUAAACUAAAUAAAAUAAAUGCUACUGUAAAUCAAAUUUUGUGAUGAUAAUAAUGCAGUUUUCAUUUUGGAAUAAAACUCUAUUCUCAGUUGUAAUAUUAGCAAAUAUAGUAAUCAGUGAAGCCUAUCACGGUUGCCUCAACCAAAUUAGUUCACUCAGUAUAAAUUGUAUUUUAAUGUAGUGUAGCCAGUAUGAUUGAGAGCAAAGUAAUUACUAAAAACUCCACAUCACUAAUUUUUUAGCUUUGCCAGUUGCUCUGUUGUUGAUGGCAGACACCAUGAAUCCAUUCAGGUUAUACAUUGAAUAAUCUGAGAGUCAAUUCCUAGUUAAGUGCCUUCAUCUUGCAUGCUGAGAAAAGGCUUGAGCACUUUUUAUUCAAAAACAAAGGGUUUUAUCUUAAAACUACUUAUACAGUAUAUUACUAUUAUUGAUGCUACUACAAAGAGCUACUGUAUGAUAAUAUCAAUGUACUACAAAGAUGAGUUCAAAAAAACACUGGGGUGUGUUCUGUAAUCUCUGCUGAUCCUUGCGUUUCCACUGUUUAUUCUUGAUUUCUAACCAUAAAGGUUACAAACAGAAGAGACUAUUCAUCCUAGUCUAACUCACAUGGUUAGUACUGUAGUAGCUAAAUGACCUCAGCAUCUCAUCCAGCAGUCCCAUGAAAGAAGCCAGGGCUUUAACUUUGACAAUAUGGUUAUGCUAAAACUGUGCAGAAACAACAACAACAACAACAAAAAGAUUAGUUUAUAAUAUUGUGUAAUUCCAUUUACGUGGUAUCUUGUAGACAGAAUAUGUAACACAAUGAAUCAAAGAUCUUAGUUCCCAAGAUUGCUAACAUAGCCACUACAAAACUUAGAUGGACUUUCAUUUCACUAAAGAUUAUCAUAAAAGUGUGUUCUUAAAAGCGAAAAAUUAAAAGUUUAAACAAUUGUAUACCAAAUGGUUCAACAAAAAGAAUGCAGUUUUCUAAUUCAAUUAAUACAAUGAAUUGCAAGCACAAUAUUGAAUUGUAGGCUAAAAUAAAUAAAACUUCCUUCAGUACUACAACACUAAAGAAUAUCAGGUUUGAAGUGAAAUAUAUCUGGGACAAAUACAGUAUGGUAGAUGUCUAGACAACAAAAGGGAAAUGGCUGAUGUACUAUACAAGUAUUUCACUCCAGUGUUCACCGAAGAAGUCAGACAAACACCUCAAGUAGCAGAAGUACAAGGUUCUGUACCUGACAGUGCUAGUGUAGAAGAGGUACUAGAACAACUCAGGAGCAAUAAAUUCCCACAGCCCAUUUUAUGAAAUGUACUUAAGAAAACGAGAGAUGUUAUUUAAAACCCAUUAACAACUCUAGCACCAAUCCCUCAAGACAAGGAUAGUACCCAGGGACUGGAGAAUUACUGAUGCAGAACUCUUCUACAGAAAGGGUGAGCAAUUAAUCAGGUAGAUACAGUAUAGACCAAUAUGUUCAAGUAGGGAGCUGCGUCAGCAUGCGUAGGCUGCAAAGGAACAAGUAAAUGUGGAUUCCAAGCUCAAAAGAGAUGAAAACAAGCACAACGUUUCAGCUGUGGAGCCUUCUUAGGGUGUGCAGAACCAAUGUGUCUGACUCAAAUUACAUGCAAGGAAAAAAUAAAGAGAACUAAAAUACUGGCUCACCUAUAUAGGCACAUAACAGGAUAAUUAACAUAUUUUCAGAAGGCUUUUGAUUAAAUUCCUCAUAAAUGAUUAAUUCUCAAAUUGCAGAUGGUAAGUACUGUAAGAAAUAUGACUUUUGACUGAGAAUCAGCUAUGAUUAUGAGAACAAUACAGUAAGGGGGUAAGUACUCAGACUGGGAUAAUGUAAAUAGUGGAGUGCUACAAGGAUCUGUACUAGGACCACAGCUGCUCUUACUUUAUACCGUAUAAAUGACCUAGACUCUGAUAUAGUUAAUAAAGUAGUCGGGUUUGCAGAUGAUACCAAAUUAAGAGGAUUAGCAAAUAUUGUAAAAGCAGAAAAUGAUAUUCAAAAAGAUUGAGCUAAAAUCUACGACUGGGCAAACAGCAGGCAGAUGACAUUUAGUGUAGGCAAGUACAAGGAUUUGUGUGCAGGUAAAGAAAACCAGCUAUAAAUAAAAAACAGAAGGUUACUUAUCAACAAACCGCAGGCUUUUAUACUGUCAUCUGCACAAUGUUUGAGAGGAAUUAAAAAGACACAAAAUUCAAUUCAAUUCAUUUGCUAGGGUGUAAAGUUGAAUGGUAGAAUAUUGUGUACAAUUUUGGUCACUAUGUUAUAUAGAACAUAUAUUACUGGUCUGUAUUCAGUACCUGAACCUUUUUAAUGUUGAACAUGAAAGACUAUGGGGGGAGCUGAUACAACUAUUCAAAAUACUGUACCUCACAGACAUUGAGAAAGUCAACCUUGCCAAUUUCUUCAGCAUGAACAGUGAAAAACAAAUCAGAUGGAUAGGAGAAACGUCUUUAUGCCAAGGGGUGGGAGUAUUGAACAAGAUACCCUGCUGUGUGAUUGAAGCUGAUCCACUGGCUUCUUUCAGGAAACAGCUGGAUGAGAUCAUUGGAUCAAUUAACUACUAAAGGGCUAGAUGUUUCAAAUGGACAUUUCUUGUUUGUAUCCUUCCUAAAGCAGGAACCCCCAAUCCUAAUCCUAAAGGGCAGGUUUUUCCACGUCUCUUUAAAGCAUGAGCACAUGAGGAACUGGGAGAGAUGCUGUUAUACUCAUCCAAUUCAGUUGAUAAUGUCCUAAUUCAUCUCAUUACAUGCUCAGCUGGACUGAAAACCUUUAGACACACCAUAAAUAAAUCCCUGCUCUAGAAUA